AUGCACAAAUGGUGUGAGCUGAGUGUAAGGUUAAAAAAUCAGACAACUCUUGAUGCCCAAAAUCUAAGAUUGCUGGAGUCAGAAAAACAGCAUUGGCGUCGUGUUCUUGAACGUCUAUUAUCUAUUGUUGAAUAUCUAUCAACAAACAAUCUUGCUUUUAGAGGAAGCGUUGAGAAAUUAUUCCAGCCCCAAAAUGGAAAUUUUUUGGGCCUUGUACAACUGCUGGGAAAAUUUGACACAGUGAUGAGUGAACAUCUCCGAAGAGUAACUGAAAAUGAAAUACAUGACCACUAUUUGGGACCAAGAAUUCAGAAUGAACUGAUCAUGCUAAUGAGUAAUAAAGUGAGAGACAAAAUUGUUUCAUUGGUUACUUUGGCAAAAUAUUUUGCCAUAAUUCUAGAUUGCACUCUGGACAUAAAUCAUCAAGAACAGAUGUCAUUAAUAGUGAGAUUUGUCGACAUUAGUGAUUCAGCACAGAUUACAGUUAAGGAAUUGUUUAUCACAUUUUUAAAAGUACAAGACACUACAGGUUUUGGACUUCUUCAAACUCUCCUUGAUGAACUAAAACAAAUGGGAUUGUCCAUAAUGAACAUUCGAGGACAAGGCUAUGAUAAUGGCGCAUAUAUGAAAGGAUGCAUUUCUGGCGUGCAAGCUAGAUUGCUGAGAGAAAAUCCACGAGCCUUUUUUGUUCCAUGUGCAUGCCACAGCCUUAAUUUGAUAUUGUGUGAUAUGGCCAAGUCUUCUGUAGAAGCUAUAUCUUUUUUUGGUUUGCUGCAACGCAUUUACGUGCUCUUUUCAGCUUCCACUCAACGAUGGCAAAUAUUCAAAGCACAUGUCAAUGGUAUUACCAUUAAGCCUCUAUCUGAGACACACUGGGAAAGCAGAGUAGAAAGUGUAAAAACGUUGAGAUAUCAAUCUGAGGAAGUUUAUGAAGCAUUGGUUGCUAUUUCAGAAGAAGCCAGAGAUCCAAAAGCUAAAAGAGAAGCACAGUCAUUGGCCUCUGAAAUAUCCAGCUUCAAGUUUCUAACAUCUGUCGUAAUCUGGUAUGACAUUCUUGUUAAAAUCUCAAGUGUAAGCAAAUUUUUAGUGAAAUACAGAGAACAUGGAUUCAAAGAAGCACAGGUUACAGCAAGAGAGCUUUCACAGGCACUCGGUGUAGAACCAAAAUUUCCAUGUGCGAAUGUGACACGAGUUUCAAGGAAAAAACGACAAAUGGAAUAUGAAGGAGCAGAUGAGCCCAUAGAUGAUCCAGAAAAGAAAUUUGAGGUUGAAUUUUUUAAUGUUGUGAUGGAUAAAGCAGUAUCUGCUGUUGAUGAAAGAUUUAAUACCUUGCAAGUACACCAUGAACAGUUUGGAUUUUUGUAUGAUAUAACUAAAUUCAACGAAACAGGAAAACAAGAGCAACUAAUGACAAAGUGCAAGAACCUAGAGAGCCUCCUGAAGCACGGUGAUAGUUUUGAUUUAAAUGGACUUGAACUGUACGAAGAAUUGAGU